AUUCAUUUAAUUAAAUAUUUAUCAUUUGUGACACUAAGAGGUGGUUAUGUCAGCCAACGCUCCAAAAAGCUCAACAGAAAUAUAUCAGCUUUAGAACGUCAGUUGAAAUCCAUUCAUUUUAUAUUUACUCAAAACUAAUUAACUCUUUUCCAAAAUAGGAUAUUUUUUCUCACACUGAAAUAUAUACCAAAUAAAAAGAAAAAUGUAUGCUUUUAUGAUUAUAUGAAAAGAUCAUAUUAUCUUCAAUAAAUUUUUAUUCGCACUUAAUAGAUCUGUUCAAUAUAGUUAUUGAUCGUAUUGCCAAUAAAUCACUUUACACUAUGGAAACUGAGCGUCAUUCUGGUAAUUCACAUAGAUUAUCGGGCGUGAGAAGAGGUUUGGAAAAUCUUAGUGAUAAGAUAGACAUACUAAACACAAAAUUUGAGACAUUAAAUCUAAGAGUUAAGCCUGUAACGGGAAAUCGUGAAAUUAUGUAUAACCCCAUGGAUGUUAAAACACAAAGGCUAUUGGAGCUUGAAAAAAGAAAUGAAUUACAUUCACGUAAACUUAAAUUGCUUCAAAAAGAAAUAGAUCAUGUUCAAACAGAGAAUGAAAUGAUGAUGGGACAAAUGUCUAAAAGAGGAUCUCCUUAUGACCAUUAUAUGCAGAACGAGCCAGGAGACGUUUAUAAUGACAAAAUACAAGACGAAAGGAUGUUUAAAGAAAUUAGAGAUUCAGCUAGCAGACAACCGAUAAACGAUGAUCCAAGACCAAACGAAGAAAUCAAUAGAGAUAUAGCUUCGCCAAAGAAAAGAGAAGAGGAUCUAAGAAGUAACGGAAAACAGCUUGAAGAUAAAUAUACCAGGCUUGAUCAGACAAAUGCGAAAGGAAAAUCACAGGUCAUUGAUGACGAGGAAGAGCAGUGGCGAAGAAGAGCUCAGAUAUAUAGUUGCUAUGAUACAACUGCAAUUAAUCCUCAAAAUUGGAAACCCAAACCAAAACAGAAUGAAUUUGAGACUCAUCCUUAUCCGGGUGGAUUCCUGAUCAUGCGCUUUGACGAUGAAGGGUAUGACGUCGCCAAGGUGGCAUUGAAAAUGCAACAGUCAAUAUGCAGAUAUGCAGGGGGAUAUUUAAUGGGUAUCGCCAGGAAAAAUAGAAUAUUUGUGUACGAAAAUGCACCAAGCAAAGUGCAAAACUGGUCAAUUUCCAGGCAACAACCAUACAAGGACUGUCUUAUGACGGAUCACGCGUUAGCAAUAUUUUGGUUUACAAGGAAGGAAGCGGCAGAAUAUUUCUUCGAUAACAGUCAUCAUAAUCGAUUCAGGGAACCUUGUUUCCCUACGCCUAAUGGACACGAAGCAUUCUAUGUUCCCCUCUUGGAAGCGCCAACAAAAGAACUCAAUACAUUUUUCUGCCUGGAAUUCCUAGAUGCAAGAAAGUAUGACACAGGAGAUUUGUCUCAGUUUGAAGGAGAAGUAAGGGAAGAUAUGUUAAAAUUUUUCCCAAACUGCCGUCCAAUGUUUGUCUCAUCACAAACAGGUCGUGUUAUUCUCAAACCGGGAAAUCUAAUAAGCCCAUAUAGUAAACUGUACAUCAGUAGAUUUGAAUCACAGAGAGACGUUGAUCGAAUCUGGUCAUCAGGCAUGAUUGCAGCGUUGCGGAAGAAAUGGAACCUAACUGGGCCUAUAAAUGCAUACGCGUUUACGAUUGACAUUGCUUUCUGAUGAGAUUUCAAGGGAGAUAAUUACGGUGCAUAUAAUUCAGAUGUCUUUAGUUUUUUACCUUGUUCUGAAAAGGUAUUUUGAAAGUGUCUGGAAGGUUACAUAUUAUUAAUUAAGCUUUAUUCAGACAUUGCACUACAUUAUAUGAAACAAGUAGAAAACAAGAAUUACAGGCUUAGCAAAGUCUAAUACAGUACAUGUAAUGUCCCUAACAGUUAUUUUAUCGUUAGACUGCUAUCAUUAUUUGAGGUUCUGAUGCAAAGGAGUUAUACCACGUGGGUUAAAUCUUAACAAAUGAUUGUAUUAAAGAAAAUUUCCUGAGAUAUAUCAUUUUGAAUCUAACACUUAGUCUAGAUAAAUUAACCAAUGAUCACUUUUCUCAUCCUUGACGACACUAAACAAAACAUUACCUGUUUCGUAUCAUAUUCUUUUUCGGUAUGACGUUUUAUGCUAUGACGUAUUUAGUCUGAUGUAUAAUGUCAUAAUAUAUGAUGUCACAUUUUCAGUUUGCAAAGUAGGAAAACAAAUUGGCUUAUGUUAGUAUGCAUGUACGCUUGAAGCUGUGCUUAUUUCAUAUGUAGAAAGUAUCUGAUAUAUAUCUUUUCCUAUCAAAUAUUCUCAUUUUUUGGGACUUAAAAUUGUGAAUAUCGAUUAUAAAUGCAAAAACAAUCAUAAAUACAAAACAAGUGCUGUGUUACUAUACAGAUAAUGUAUAUUUACCAUUAAAGUAUGGGCCGCACCAUGAGAAAACCAACAUAGUGGCUUUGCGACCAGCAUGGAUCUAGACCAGCCUGCGCAUCUGCGCAGUCUGGUCAGGAUCCAUGCUGUUUGCUUUCAAAAUCUAUUGCAAUUAGAGAAACAGUUAGCGAACAGAAUAGAUACUGACCAGACUGUGCGGAUGCACAGGCUGGUCUGGAUCCAUGCUGGUAACAAACGCACUAUGUUGGUUUUCUCAUGGCGCGGCUCAUAUUAAUUCAGGCACAGUUAAUAGCUUUUUGAUAUUUAGAUCUUUUUUCGAAUAGAUUUUAUUAAAGACAUAAGCGAAAUCAUUUAUAGAAUGUAUAAAUAACUAAGUCAUUUUCCGAAAACGCAGAUGAGAUACAAAUACUAGCAACGAGAUACAAAUAUUGCAAACUAUAUCAUGUAAAUACCAGUUAAUAAUUUAAAAAGUAAAUUAUGUGAAAAAAAGUUUGUAUUAUAAUGUACGGGACGCUUGUUUCAUACUUGAAUAAACCAUCAACUUUUUCGUGCGCUUCAAUCCAGCUGUUGAAGUGCAAAUACUACAAUGCUAAGUAACAAAUGAACUGGAGCUCAGUUAUCUAUCAGUCUCAAAACAACGUGAACAAAAACGAAUCAAUCAGUUUGCAAAUUAAAUCAUGUCGACAUGAAUGGAUCUAUGACUAAAGUUAUAUGACCAUUUCCCCGAUCGCGCAUCUGCCAUAACUAUGAAAGUUUCUUUCGCACGUUUUAGAGGUGUAUAAUUAGGUAAAUGUAGACAUACAUGAAGUCAUGAUAGAUAGAUAUUUAUAAUGCAAUUGUUAAGUUUAGAUUAUCGUAUUUUGUUUCAAUGUUUUAAUACAAUAAAUAUAUAAGCUGA